AUGGGAGGACAGGGAGCUGUUACUAAAGAUCUACAUGAUAUACAGAAAAAACAACAAAUUCAGAUGGAUAAGAUUAAUCAGGAUGUUUCGGAAAUGAAAGAUCAAUUAAAUCGGGUACUUCUUCAGCUACAGAAUCUUAAUAACAAGGAAAGAAAUAAUGGAGAAUCAAAUGAUUCUGCAAGAGAGGAUAAUACUCAACCAGUGGGUCAUCAACUCAAUGAAAAUCGUAGUUUCAAUAACUACAAUCGAUUUCCAAGGCUAGAUUUUCCGAGAUUUGAUGGGACUAAUCCGAAGGGAUGGAUUCAGAAGUGCAACCGGUUUUUUCUUCUCCACAACAUCAGAGAAGAAACUCAAAAAGUGCAGAUGGCAGCGAUGCACAUGGAUGGAAAAGCUGAGAGGUGGAUUUCUAACUUACAAACUUGUAGAUCUAUUCUAUGUUGGUUUGAGUUAGCAGAACAAGCAUGUUUGCAUUUUGAAAACCCCUCGAAUGAUAACGUUGUUGAGGGAGAAAAUGCUGAGGCUACUUCUGAUGAUGACAUAUUUCAUGGAGAAGAGACUGAUUCACCUGUUGAGAGUGACAUGGAAGUUUCACUUAAUGCUCUUAUUGGUACUAUCAGGGGUGAUACUAUUAGAACUACUCCUACUACUCAGAUGGCAAUUACAGUGGAAAAUGGAGAGCAUACUUUCAGCUCUGGCAUCUGCACGUCACUCCAAUGGUCACUACAAGGACACACCUUCUCUGGUGACCUCAGAAUACUUCCUUUGGGAGGCUGUGAUAUAGUACUUGGUGCUGACUGGCUCAGGCAAUUUGGUAAUGUAACAUUUAACUUCUCUACUUUGAGUAUUUCCUUUGUGCAUCAGGAUGUUGAGGUUACUCUCUCUGGUACUUCAAAACCUCCUAGUCUUAAACAGAUCAGUAAAAAAGGUGUUCAAAAAUUCUUUCAAACCAACACUCAUGGUGUUUGUGCUCAACUAUUUUCUGUCUCAGAUGCACCCACUAAUGUGUCACAUUCUCCUGAGAUUAUUUCAUUACUACAAGAAUUUCAGGAUGUUUUUGAAACACCCACUACCUUACCACCCCACAGAAGCCUUGAUCAGACCAUCCCUCUCCAACCCAAUUCCACCCCAGUCAAUCAAAGACCUUAUAAAUGCCCUUAUGUACAAAAAGGUGUCAUUGAGGCCUUAAUUCAAGAAAUGUUGCAACAAGGCAUCAUCCAAUCUAAUCAUAGUCCAUUUGCCUCUCCAAUCUUAUUAGUCAAGAAGAAGGAAAAUAGCUGGAGAUUCUGUGUUGAUUAUAGAAGAUUAAAUGAUAUUACCAUUAAAGACAAGUUUCCAAUUCCUAUAAUUGAUGAGCUACUAGAUGAGCUACGUGGUUCUGGAGUUUUCACCAAAAUUGACCUCAGGUCAGGGUACCACCAGAUCAGAUUGUUUACCCCUGAUAUACACAAAACAACAUUCAGAUUAUACCAAGGUCAUUAUGAGUUUCUUGUUAUGCCUUUUGGCCUCACCAAUGCCCCUGCAACUUCUCAGGCACUCAUGAGUGACAUAUUCAAGCCAUUCAUAAGAAAAUUUAUCUUAGUCUUUUUUGAUGAUAUCCUUGUUUAUAUUCCUGACAUGGAGUCUCAUUUGGUUCAUUUACAACAAGUACUCUCUGUGUUGAGACAACAUCAAUUACAUGCCAAGCUGUCCAAAUGCUGUUUUGCACAAUCUGAAUUGGAAUAUUUAGGCCAUAUUAUCACACCCAGUGGUGUUGUGGCUGACCCUUCCAAGAUCAGUUCUAUGACUUCUUGGCCAACUCCGACAACUAUCAAGGCAUUAAGAGGGUUUUUGGGCUUAACUGGCUACUACAGAAAAUCUGUCAAAGACUAUUGA